AUGAGCAAAACAUAAAAAGCUCACCGUAUUUCUUUCAUCGGCCCACAGGUGGUGUAUGAUGGAAGGGUUGCCAUACAGAAUACACUAUAUGUAACUUUUCGUGUUCUGUCGCUACCAAUCAUACUUAUAAACUCAGCUAUCGUCUUGAGGAGGAUUAUUCUGUCCGAAACUCCUGUCGGAGUAGUAGUGCGCGUCGGUUUUAUAAUAUUAAUUAUACGGCAUUAGGGCAGUGAGUCGGCAAUAGUGGCUAUUGUGAAGUAGGGCAGCUGAAAAGAAGUGUGUGCGUGUGUGAAACAAGGAAAAAGGUAAAACUACUAUUGAAUGGUACUAUUGUUGGUGAUUAUUGUUAAGCGUGGCGUCACAAGGUGUUAAAGAUUGGGUCAGGUCCAUAUUGUGGGCCUUUUUUCUUUUUGUGCCCUUUUGGCGGUGCCGGAGGUGGCGUGUUUUCUUCCACAGAGCAGACGUGCUUCAGUUCCCAGGGCCAGGCGGUGCCGAACAAAAGUUUAUACGGGCAAUUGGACGCGAGAUCGCCUCGCACGUGGCCGAACAACUAUUGUUCGAGCCAUCUCGCCAUUGUGCAUAGGGCGAUACCCAUUAUCGUCUCGAUCCAUUGUCCAGGGAUCAAUACAGCCACGCAUGGGCCCGGCCACGACGCCAUUACUGCAGUGACCAGCCACUUCGUUCUUCGACCGACCAAAGCUCCGUUCGACCAAAAUCAUCGUCCUGCAUGACCAAGGCCAUCGUCCGACCAAAGCCACCACCCUGCAUGACCAACGCACCGUACGACCACAGCCAUCGUUCGACCAAAGCCACUUCGUUCCUCGUCGCCAAGCACCGUUCAACCAAAGCCAUCGUCCAACCAAAGCCACCACCCUGCAUGACCAACGCACCGUUCGACCAAAGCCACUUCGUUCCUCGUCGCCAAGCACCGUUCGACCAAACCAUCGCCCUGCAAGACCAAAGCACCGUUCGACCAAAACCAUCGACCGACCAAAGCCCGCCCGCCAGGUCAGCAGUCGUUCGACUUGUAGCAGGUCCGUCCAAAGCAUUCACGGUGGGAUUCGACCAAGAAAAUCUCGGGAACAGGCCGACACUUCCGGCGAUCGUCCAGUGCACCAGCCAUCAUCUGUGCUCGCGGUGGGAUACCUGAGAACGUCGUGGACAAAAGCCAUCGGCGAAUAUGCAGAAUCAUCGAGAGCCUUCUGCAUGUCGCUCGCCAGCAACAACCAUCGUCAGCAAGCCUUAGCAGUUACCUACGCCGCUUAAACACCAGCCCGACACCAUAAACCGCAAGUACCCAUUCCAAAACCCUAUGACGUCACAACGACAAAUAUUAAGGUUUAAUAAAUAAGCAUGUAAAACAUAUUGCCGUGUA